GGCGCGGCCCAGCCCGUGGCCCCCGGCCCCUGCCACCAUCGGAGCCGAAGCCAGGCCCAGGCGCCCCCCACGGCCGGAACCAGGCCCGGCCUCUGCUCUGCUCUGCUCCCUGCAGCCCGGAGGGGCUUUCCCUCUCCCCAGGGCAAGGGCUGCCUGUGCACUCACUCUGAAAGUGCACAGAGGCAGUUCCCUGUGUUGGUCUCGGCAGCAGCAUAACUACCGCCUGGUGACUGGGGCGGCCAGCCCAGGUGCCACCCUCACCGCCCUGGGGAGCGCAGCCUGGUCUUCCCAGGGCUUGAGGCAACCCUCAGGCCCCCAGAGCACCUCCCAGGGUGGCAGGAGAGCGCAAGCAGCUGGGGCAGUCUGCAGGGGGAACACGCACCCCUGGUGAUAAAGCACCGCUGAUUUGCCUUUCAUGCAGUACAGCAACGGGAACCGACGCCUGUUGCCUUAGUGCCUGCACUGCCACAGAAAUGUUGAUGGCACAAAUGAGACAUUGGGCAACACUGGUUUUCACCCCUCAUGUGCAAAGGAGUGGGCCAUAUAGCUAUUUUGGUGCAAGUCCUAUCCUGGCCUAAUCAGGGCUACAACAAACUGGCUGGCUAUUUUUACAGCCUGACAGGUUGGAAGUGACCUGGCAAAAUGGAGCAAGACGGGUGGCUCCACAGGUGCUUGCCUGAGGGAGAAGUGCUGGGCCUGAGGUGAUCUUGGUGACUAUGGCUCAGAGGCACACUGCACUAGGCAGCAGCAAAAACAGACUGUUGGUCUUAUGUGGCCCUGAGGAGGCCAAGAUACAACUCCCAACAAGACCAGACACAGCCCAGCCAUUCACAUCAAAUGACAAUUAAAUUGAAUUAACUCUGCCUCAGAACGAUCAUGGCUAAUUCAAAAAAAUUGUUCUUCAGCGGCAUAAAAAUGCUGACACAAUGGUAGCUUUAAUGAAGGUUUAUGAAGAAGAAGAUGAGGCUUACUGGGAUUUAGUUACUAUGGCAACACAAUUCUACCAAUAUUUACUGCAGCCCUUUAGAGAUAUGAGAGAAUUGGCAACGUUGUACAAGCUGGAAAUCCUGAAAUCGUUGCAGUUUGAUAACCUGGGCCCUAAAAGAAUAGAAGCCCUACAGAAAGAAGUUGCAAAAUGGACUAAGCAGGCUGCAGAAGCAGUGUGCUCUAUUCAGGACAUCACUGUGAACUAUUUCAAAGAAACUGUGAAAGCCCUGACAGCAAUGAACAAGCAGAUGGAACAAGAUCAGCUGAGAUUUGGCCAAGCCAGCUGGGCAUCAGCUUCUCCAAGGAAAGAAAACCUGAAGUACAUGUUAGCUAAAGAGACUCUUCAGCACAGGAGAGCAAAAGAAUUGUGUCUGAAGAAGAAGAGAGCUGGCAUUCGGAAAAAAAUGGAAAACCUUGACGAACAACAAAAGAAUAUAGCUGUAGUAGAGGAACUGGAAAUAGAGUACUAUGAAACUCAGCUGAAAUUGUAUAACAUACAACUUGAGAUACUGAAACAUGAAGAAAUGCUGCUCAUUGCCCAAUUAGAGACCUUAAAAAGACAGAUUAAAGAGAAACAGGAUGAAGUUGUUUACUAUGAUACAUGUGAAAAUCCUGAGGAACUCCAGGUCACUGAACAGAAAAGGGGACCGCAUUAUGUUCAGUCAUCAGAAGUGACUAAGCUGAGGCUGAAGACUCAGCAGUUGGAGACUAAACGUGGGACUAUCUGUGCGAGAAGAGCCUACCUCAGGAACAAAAAAGAGCAAUGUGAAGAGAGCCACCAGCUUCGACUUCAGGAGGCCCAGGAAAACAUAAAACGCUACCAGCAGCAUCACAGCAUAAAGAUCAAACGAGAGACAAAGAAAGAGGAAGAGAAAAAGAAGAAAACCUGGAUAAGCCAGGAACGCCAGAAAACACUGGAGAGGCUGAAAACAUUCAAGGAGAAGUGUCCAGCUCAGCUUGUGCUGAAAACGCCUCCUUCACAGCUUCACAACACCAAGCAGCCACAAGGUGUUUCCCAUGAGACUCCAGCACUGUCCCCUCAGCCUAUGUCAAUAAUCAGUUUAGCCCCACAGCAGUCAAGCAGCACCCAGCUAGCACCAGGCAAGGGUUUAAAAAUGCCAUGUCAGAAUAUCCCAGCAGAUACCCCUGUGCAGGUUUUUGCUCUCACUGAAGAUCCAAAGUACAGCGAAGGACUGAUGAUGAUGCCCCCACCACUGCCACCGCCACCUCCUCCCCCCCCUCCACCUCCUCUGCCACUGCAUUUGACGGCACCAGCAACCAUCAAAGAGCAGCCACUUCCCCUCAUCUGUGAAGACUCCACAGCAGGUGCUGCAACACAGAGACGAGCUGACUCACCCAAGUGUUCUGUAAAUGACUGCACAGGAACCAUGGAUAAGGUUUUGGCCUCACUGAGGCAUGGUGAAGUUUUUCUUCGAAGAGUGGAAAAGCCUAAUUCAUCACCUUCAGAUGCAUCAAUAAAAGACAGCAUCCUCUUAGCCAUAAGACAAGGAGUUAAGCUAAGGAAAGUGAAUCGAGAUCCGGAGAAAGUUGUCAGAGAAUCCAGCAAUGAACUUGAAAGAAGCAUAAAGGCAGCCAUCCAGAGAAUUAAGAAAGUGUCUGCUGACUCUGAAGACGAUGAAAAUGGUGAUCAGAACAAUAGAGAAUGGGACAGUUAACCAGCUCAGAGCAGCUUGUGCCUUGGUCAAUUUGCACUUUUUAGGUGACUCUGCCUUUCCUCAGCAAUAGGACAGGGUGUGUAGGAUUGUUAUUCCUGUAAUUAUCCAAAACGUCCUGAGUGUUAUAUCAAAUAGUCCUGUUGAUUUGCCUCUUAGGCUGUGUAGAUUUGUUUUUAAAAGUGAGGCUACACUGUAGAAUGCAUUCCUAUGGAUUAACAAGAGAGUGCAGCUCAUUCGUGGAGUGGAGACUCCAAGCCCUUGAGCCUGUGGGGAGCUAAAUCCAGGAUCACAACAUCCCUCCUACUGUAAACUUUACUACUCCAGAGUGUAUAGAAAAGACACUGCAAAGGGGUUUAAUAAUAAAAUUAACUAAAAAUUGACACUACCGGCAAGAAGAUAAUCCAGGAAUUGAAAGACAAGAACAAAACCAGAGAGCCAUUUUAAAGCAAUUUGCAACUCUGCAUCACUACCUCCCAGGACUGGAAGUUCCCUUUGAACUACAUAUUGUCUAUAAUACAGAUUCCUUAUAAGGUUUAUCACAUUAAUAACAGGUUUAAUAUGCAAAUAAUUUUCCACUGCAUUGUAAUGCCUGCACUAUGGAACGACUCAGCAGUUGUGGUUGUGAAGAGGAAUCCCGGGUAUUGAAAUAACCAACUACUACUGUAUUAAAUUACUGAAAAAAAUUCACUCCUAAAGAUGAUAGCUUAAAGUGUUUUUGCUUUUUGUUUUUUAAAACCACUCUCAGUGUUUUGAAACAGAAUGCUUGUUUAUGCAAAUACGAGCAGCCAUAAGGACCUGUAGUCAUAAGAGAAUGCCAAAAUGUUAUAUUUUCUGGGAUCUAACUCUUUGAUACAGUGAUACUGAUCUUCUGUAUGGGAAAAUGAAGCUUUUAUACCCGCUCAAGAUUUUUAUUGCCAGAUACAGCCUUAAGUAUUUAUAUUAUACCUGGAACCUAAGUAAUAGAAACAAUUGGUAAGUGUUCAGCUAUAUUUAUCUUGAGUUUUAACACGAAUGAGAUUUGUUUUUUGGGUUUAUAUGGACCCUUAAUAAAAAAAUGACCUUAUGAUACAGAUGGAUGUACUUUAUUCUUGUUUUAAAACUGUUUUGGCAUAAGAGUUACUUGUUCCUUAAGUUAAAAUGCAGAGCAAGGGCAAUGUCAGCAUAUUGUAUGUACAUCCUUAUAUGCAGGUACAGUGAUGUUUUAUUACAGCAAACAAAGGUGCUGGAUUCAGCUUAAUUUUUGUUUUAAACAGGCUAUCAGAGGAGCUGUUAGUGCAAA